UUCACUAUGGCCACAGACCACCAGAACCCUGCAUCCAAGCAGCAGCAGCCAGGCACCAAUGCAUUUAAGCUGGUUAUCUAUGAGCAGGAAAACUUCCAGGGACGCUGCCAUGAGCUGACUGGUCCCUGCAACAACCUCCAGGAGGCAGGCGUGGAGAAAGUGGGCUCUGUACUGGUGCUGUGUGGACCGUGGGUGGGGUAUGAGCAGGCGAGCUGUAAGGGAGAGCAGUAUGUGUUUGAGAAGGGCGAGUAUCCUCGGUGGGAUUCCUGGACCAACAGCCGGCGCAGUGACACCAUCAUUGCUUUCCGACCGAUUAAAGUUGACAGCCAGGAGCACAAGAUUGUGCUUUAUGAAAACCCCAGUUUUGCAGGAAAGAAGAUAGAAAUCAUUGACGACGAUGUUCCCAGCUUCCACGCUCAUGGUUAUCAGGAGAAGGUGUCAUCUGUGCGUGUGCAGAGUGGAACCUGGGUGGGUUAUCAGUACCCAGGCUACAGAGGAUACCAGUACCUAUUUGAGAAGGGCGAGUACAAGGACAGCACUGAGUUUGGAGCCCAGAUCCCUCAAAUCCAGUCAGUCCGCCGCAUUCGGGACAUGCAGUGGCACCAGAGGGGUGCAUUUAAUUAA